CGAGAAUCCAACCUCAACUCGACAGCCUCUCUCUGCAAAUUCAAAGUUAGUGGAGAAGAGAAGAGAAAAAUGGUGAAAGUGGCCACUUACUUCGCCAUGACAUUAGGCGCCUUUGUUUUCUGGCAAACCAUGGAUAAAGUCCACGUCUGGAUCGCCCUUCACCAAGACGAAAAGAAAGAGAGACUGGAGAAAGAAGCGGAGAUCAGGAGAGUGAGGGAAGAGCUGCUUCAGAAAGCCAAGCAGAAUGAUCCUCUCGCGUAACUUAUGCGUUCAAGUGCCGGUGGACUUUUCUUUUUUACUUCAUGUAGUUGCUGUUUUCUUUUUUUGCUUUAAUUUUCGCCUAAUUGUUUUAAUUUAGACUCAAUGGAAUUGUGGUCGAAAGCAUAAUAUUGCCUUUGAUGAGCUGGAUAACUCCAUGAAUGUCAUGGACGAAUUGUUUUUUUUUUUUAUAUAUAUAAUUGGGGAAAGAGGGAUUGGAACCUGCUGCUUAGGCAGGGAUAGGCAGGGGAUCAUGCACCAAUCAAUGUAUCAAUCAAUGAGUUAAAUGCUUGGGUGCCAUGGACAAAUUGCUGUUUCCUUCUGCUUUAUAAAAUGCCAUCUCUCAUCUAUUCCAAA